AUGGUGUCCUCGCAUUGUGUGGCAAAAUGCCAUCACAAUACCGCGAAUAUCGAUCAUCUGCGAUUUAGUGUUUUGGUUUUCCACACACUUGGUUCGAAACACAUGAGAGCUAGAGGAGGUAGCAAGAUUUUUUUAUAAGCAAGUGACAUCUUCAGAAAACAUGUGCAUCAUCUUCAUAAACUGAAAACUGAGCAACAAGAAAUCUUCAUCAUGGAAGGUUUAGGUUUACUAGGACUUCUCUUUCCGAGCCAGGCGAAGGAGGCACCGGAAAAUCCAGGUGACUCCUCUGAGAACACAGCAAUCCAGCAGGAGGCUCCUCAAUCUCUACGUGGCACUCUUCAACAACCGACGGAUGAUAGCAAUGACCAAGGGGGAGAGGCAAAUCUUGGAGGGAAUGGAGACGGUCAAGAAGUUAUGCCUCCGAUGGUUGUAAUGGAUACUAAUGGUUGUAGUGAUGGUUGUAAUGGUUGUAACUAUCCGAUAGUUAGUUAUCUUUAACAGCCUGGAGUAAAUGUGAAUUCGUGUAGUUGUCGUCAUCUUCAUCCUGUUCAGCAUCUAAAAGAUCCAGUCCCAUAGAUGCUGCAGAGACCACAACGGCGCAAAACCUUGAGAGUAGUGGUAAAGAGGCCAGCACCGCAAGUGACGCAGACGAUGAUCCAAACUUAGUAUGGGAAGCCAGGGUCCAUCGUGACCUCUUCGCAGCAGCGAAUCCCUUUAUUUUAUGCUGAGAAGGCUGCAAAGGCAAGACCAUGACUCAUGAUUGAUGAGCAUUGCAAUUUUUUAGGCUUUUAACCAUCCGCCCAAAAUGACGAGUAUUCACCUGACCCUGAGUCGAGAAUGAACUAUAUUUAUUGACAGGACAACGACAGCGCCGGCGCUUAGUUAGUAGUAGAUAAGUACUUGGCCGAUUUUUCUUUUUUCGGUUUUGUUUUUUCUAGUUAGGUCUGCUCCACCAACUAUAUUUAUUGGAUUAACAUACUAGAAGGUGAGAAAAUAAGGGAGCACUCCCGCACUCAUACAAUAUUUUUGAGGCUACUCUCUCUGUCUGCGCGUCUCUAAUUUUGGAGGCUACUCUGCGCCCUCGGACUAUAGCGAAACUCGAUCUCACUGGGGAUCAACCUGUAGAGGGUCGUGGCAGUUUUUCUCUCGAUGAGAAGGUGUCCAGUUGUACUACUCGCAGUUCUAGUGGUAGUGGAAGGAGUAGUGCUACUGCUCCUGUGGACGUCGAAACGAACAAGCCUGGACAAGAUCUCGAGUUGGCAGACGAGUCUGAUGAAGCAUGUUCCUCUUCUUCAUCGGCAGAGUCAACUACGGAGUCAACGUUAUCUACUACUGCAGCGGUUAUUUCUGCUACUAGUUCUAGUAGCAGUAGCACAUCUGCUUCUUCGUUACUUGAUGCAGCUGCUCCUAAACUGCAAGUGUCUUCAAUGGUUACCAAUAUGUCUGGUACGUCGACAGAAUCACCAACAAAGGGGGCAUCAGCGACUACUGCCCCAUCAGCUACUGUGGUGUCAGCGACUCCCACAGCAUCUGCAACGAGUAGUGCCCCAGCAACCAGCACUGCCCCAGCAACCAGCACUGCCCCAGCAACCAGCACUGCCCCAGAAACUACUGUUCCAGCAAGCAGCACUGCCCCAGCAACCAGCACUGCCCCAGCAACUACUGCCCCAGCAACCACUACAUCAUCAGGAACAACAUUGGCAAAAUCCGGUUCGCUCCAAACAUGUCUGAAUCCAUUUGCUAAGGAGUUUGUUCCUGGAGGUGUUGCGAGUUCGUUCGCGACUGACGUUGAUCUGCAAGGAACGAGUUUGGAUCUGCAAGGUACGAGUUUCGAUCUGCAAGGAACGUUAAGGGUAGGUUAAAGGUGCUUUUCUUACCGCUUUUUAUGCCUCUCCUAAGGGAGAAAGGCAUAAAAAGCGGGGUAAGCAAGCACCAAAAACCUACCUCUAAAAACGAGUUUCGACCUGCAAGGUACGAGUUUGCUGGACUGUCUAAUCGAUCGGAGCUCUACUGCUUCUCCUGA